UAAAUUUGAGUUAUAGUUACAGGUUGUGGCAUUGAGACUUGAGAGGCCUGAAACUGAGUCUUCUUGAGCUGUAUUUAAGCGCUAAUUUUAGUAAAUUCUUGUGUAUUCAGCAGCUGUCUGUAAUCAUCUUUGAAAUUGUAAAUCAUUUUCUUUAUUUUUUCAGUUUCUCUCUAUUCGUCAAUCUACGCCAUUGACAAAAUCCUUUGAGAAACUCAGAUAACGAUACCGAAAUUCAACUUCGUUUGAUUUUAAGGGGGAAAAAAGGCGUAGUCAUCUUGUAUUGUUGUUGUUAUUAGUAUUAUCACUUUCGUUUUAUUUGAAGUGUGUUUGGUUUGAUUUUGAAAUAUGGCGGUUCAUCAAAUUUCGAGUUCUGAAACGACGUCGUUGAUGUUGACGUCCGGCGCGAGCGGGCGGAUAAACGCGCUGUUUUCUCGUCGCGCGUUGAGGUGUCUUAUCGCGAUAAUUAAUGCGGUUAUCGUGAUAUUUUUGGUUCCGUUUCGGUGCUGGAAACGGUGCGUUAUGAUUAAUUUAUCGUCGGAGAAGAAUAACAAGGAGUUGGAGAAGAAUCUUCAGGAGAGCGGUUGCAGCAGAAAGAGCGGCACCGCAGUGCGUGUGCCGGCGAGGAUUUUGCCGUGGAGAAAUGGUGGCGGUGGUUUGGAGCAGGAGGUUGUGGCGAGGAGAUCGUUGGCGGUUAGAAGAGUUUUACAGGAUGAUUGUGACAGUGGAUAUGAGAAUUCUUACCAAAAAAUUAAGAGAGAUUUUUCGCUUUUUGUUACUUCAAGAGGUGAUACGUUGUUCACACAGUCUUGGACUCCGAUUUCGCUUAAUGUCAGAGGACUAGUUGUGCUUUUGCAUGGCCUCAAUGAACACAGUGGCAGAUACAGUGAUUUCGCCAAGAAGUUGAAUGCUAAUGGAUUCAAGGUUUAUGGGGUGGAUUGGAUUGGUCACGGUGGAAGUGAUGGACUGCAUGCAUACGUUCAUUCUCUUGAUGAUGCUGUCAAUGAUUUGAAAUCAUUUCUUGAGAAGGUUUUAGCUGAUAAUCCUGGCCUUCCAUGUUUUUGCUUUGGCCACUCGACCGGUGCAUCCAUUGUGCUUAAGGCAGUGCUUGAUCCAAAGAUCGAGGCCCGUGUAGCAGGUGUAGUACUCACUUCACCUGCAAUAGGAGUUCAGCCAUCACAUCCAAUUUUUGUGGUGCUUGCUCCAAUUGUCUCAUUUUUGUUGCCAAGAUACCAAAUCAGUGCUGCGAAUAAGAAGGGAAUGCCGGUGUCUCGGGACCCUGAGGCGCUUGUGGCUAAGUAUUCUGACCCACUAGUGUACACUGGAUCCAUCAGGGUAAGGACUGGCUAUGAGAUUCUUCGAAUCACGACCUACUUGCAGCAGAAUCUCAAAAGAUUGAGAAUUCCUUUUUUUCUGCUCCACGGCACUGCCGACACUGUAACUGACCCAGAUGCUUCUCAAAAACUGUACGAGGGAGCAUCCUCGACUGACAAAACAAUCAAAUUAUACGAAGGUUUCUUACAUGAUCUCCUCUUUGAACCGGAACGAGAAGACAUUAUGAAGGAAAUAGUGGAGUGGUUAAAUCUUAGAGUACAGGGUCAGAGAGUGCGAUGAUUGGUCAAAGUCCAAAUAGAAAAAGGUAUGAAGAAACCAAAAGAACUAGAAAUUUGGUGAGAGGCCAUAAUGCAGAAUGCAGCAUGAAGCUUCCCCAAGUUAAGUUCAUAUUUGAAAAAAAAAAAAAAAAAAA